AUGGUUACAGUGGCUGUGGAAGGAUGUGGCCACGGAACCCUCAACGCUAUAUAUGACAGUCUCAAGCCUGGCGUUGAUAUACUCAUUAUAUGUGGAGAUUUCCAGGCCAUCAGAAACAUCACUGACCUCCAAACACUCAAUGUUCCUCCCAAGUAUAAACAACUAGGCGAUUUCCCAGACUACUACUCGGGCAAACGGAAGGCCCCAGUGCUUACCAUCUUCAUUGGAGGCAACCACGAGUGUUCGUCGUACCUCAGAGAGCUUCAGUAUGGAGGCUGGGUAGCUCCAAGCAUCUACUACUUGGGCGAGUUUGGCAGUGUUUGGUAUAAAGGAAUCCGGAUAAGCGGACUUCUGGGGAUCUGGAAUGGGCGUACUUUUCAUACCAGGGACCAAUUGGACUACCUGCUUCCGUAUAGUCCCAGUUCUCUACGGCUGGUGUACCAUGUGAAGCCCAAGAACUUGUUGAAACUACUUAUAAGUGGAAGAAGCGAUGUGGUGGUUAGCCAUGAUUGGCCCAAGGGAAUAUGGAAGUUUGGCGACGAACGGGCACUUCUACGAAAGAAGAAGUUCUUCAAGGAAGACAUGCAAAGCGGGAAGUUGGGGUCUCCAGCAGCCAGAGCUGGCCUAGAGAAACUUGCACCACUGUUCUGGUUCUCUCUGCAUCUCCACGUGAAGUUCACUGCCGAGUUUGUGAAGAACGUGGAGGAGGUGGAGAGAGCUUCGUCUUCUGAGAUUGAAUUGGAUAUGGAUGGUCCGGAUACCAACGAGAUAAGCUUGGACAUGGACGACGAGCCACAGGAAAAGGUGAAAAAACGGAAGGUUGCACGGAAAACGUCGUUUUUGGCUCUCGAUAAGUGUCUUCCACGGCGCUCGUUUAUUGAUUUCGUGGAAAUCGAUCCCCAGGACCAUCCCUCAACGGACUCUUCUUCUUUAUACUUUGAUCCUCGUGCUUUGGCAGCACAGAAAGUUGUGGAAUCCUUCAUUAACGAUAACAGCGACCAGUGGCGUGGAUUGGAGCCCCAGGUGAUCAUUGACUCUGCUUAUAAAAGCAUCAGGCUUGUGGAAGAGCUUGAGGCGGCAGUCACAGAAGAAGCAAAGAAUUAUACCUGA